CCAGAUUUCGGAUUUCCACAACCUCGAAAGUCUCCAGAGCCGUCAGAAUUGACCAGCGAAAGUUUGAGUGAUCAUAUAUUCCCCUCCCCACUGUGCCUGACGCCAUCAGUUUUUGCGGUUUGGUUGACUUUUUUUGAAUUCAACACCUGAUUUGUUUGUUUUGCUUGGGCUCUAUUCGACUAGCUCCAUCAGACGGCACUAAACAGACGCGCUAUCCUCUUUCGUCCUGCUCCGCUCCGCCGGGGAACACCCUUCCAUACCUUUCCUGAGAGCUCAGGAACCUGGUCCGCCCUGUUCAACCUAUCCUGCUCAAGUCGUCCAAGGUGAAGUUCAAAAGACAAACAACUAUAAAUACUGCGUCUCAAUCCGCCUUGAUCACGUUUUUAUUCCUUCAGCAUCUCGAACUUUUUCAUACCACAUACCUAUCAUCACCCAACUUUCAAUCAAAUCACUUUGAGUCAAGAGACCCACUAAUACGACCUUUAUCAUCAAUCAUUUCAUUCCACUUUUUGGACACGCGCGUUUUACCCUUUCCUUCUGCAUUGCCUCCACUCUUAUCGCAUUUUUCAUCUCUUGUUCUCUUUUGAAUAACAAACAUGUCUGAACGAUCGAUACCUGCUAUGAAGAUACUCUUUCUUUGCACCGCCCACAAUAGUUUAUCUCAACGCUUAUCUCUCGUGCUUCAAGAGAGGGGACAUCAUGUCGCAGUUGAACUUGCUAUAUCCCCAGAACUCAUGAUUCAAGCUUCCGAGCUAGCCGCUCCUGACUUGAUCAUUUGUCCAUUCUUGACGAAAAAGGUACCGGCUGAGAUCUACGAUAGAUAUCUUACCUUGAUUGUUCAUCCGGGCCCUCCUGGUGAUGCUGGGCCUUCUGCCAUUGACUGGGUUCUCUUAGGAGAUGACGGUGUUGAGCCUGAUUCUGUCAAAGCCUUGGCUCAAAUUUCCGAGAACGCCUACGUAGAAAGUGGCCGAGGUCGUUCUCACUGGGGGGUGACUGUCCUUCAAGCCAUUGAAGAGUUCGAUGCCGGACCAGUAUGGGCAUGGGAUCAGUUCCCCAUCUCACUAGAUGGCCCUCGCGCCCUCACCAAGGCGAGUCUUUAUCGAGGCCCAGUGACGCAGGCAGCUGUUGGAGCGUGUUUAAAAGCCAUCGAACGGAUCGUAUCAGUUGCCGGCUCCCCCAGCUCAAUCACUUGUAACCUAUCGGCCGAGCCUUCAUGGGCUACAUCUUGCGUGACCCUUGGGCAGAUUUUCCUCGGAGGGCGCACUCGAACUCGACCUUUACUCAAGCCUACCGAACGGGCAUGGAAUACGGCUAUCCAUGAUGCAGCCUAUGUCGCUCGCCGUCUUCGAGCAUCUGACUCUCAGCCAGGUGUCCAAAUGAAACUCUUUGGCGAUCGUAGUCUUUAUUUGUACGGUGGUACGAUUGAAGAGUCUGGUUCAUUACCAGCUGGUCCACCCGGUGCUAUCGUUGCUCAACGUGCCUCUGCCGUUCUUGUUCGUACGGCUGAUAAUAAGGGUGUCUGGAUAACUCACCUACGACGCUUGAAGUCAAAGACUGAGACACUUCUUCCGGCCAAGCUUCCUGCUAUGUUAUGUCUCCGUUCCAUUCCUGAGUUGGUUGAACAGCUCAAUCUCGAUUCGAUUCCGGUUUGGAACCUUGAAGGCUUUUCAAAGGUUCCGGGUACGCUUCAAGAGACAUGGAUCGAGUAUGUGACUCUUCAAGGGGACUUUAAGACGGCAUUUGUUUACUCUGACUUCUACAAUGGCGCGGCGUCAACUCAUCAGUGUGAAAUGCUGUUGAUGGCCAUCAAGGAGGCUAUUGACCCCGUAAAUGAGGUCAAAGCUCUUGUUCUCAUGGGAGGUGGAUAUUGGAAUAACGGGAUCCACUUGGGUGUUUGCUCUACUGAUGUCACUGCGGAAAGUUGGAGGAACAUCAACGCCAUCAACGAUUGUGUACAGGCUGUCAUGGAACAAAGCAAGAUUGUAACGUUUGCUGCCAUUAGAGGAAAUGCCGCUGCUGGUGGUUUUGCGUUGGCAACAUGCUGUGAUUUUGUUUUCGCGGUGGACUCGGUUGUCAUCAAUCCUCACUAUCGCGCUGUCGGUCUAUACGGUUCGGAAUACCACACUCUCACUUGGUAUAGCCGCGCUGGUGAACACAAUGCUCGAGAGUUUCUACGCGGCAUGCUUCCGAUGAGCGCGAUGGGUGCCCAGCGCCUUGGAUUGGUCGACCGAGUCAUCUCCAACUCCCCUAGUCUCGUUGAGGACAUUCAAGACGCCGUGGCAGCCACUCUAUCUGCUCCCGCGAAUGAGGCUGUGGCCGGCGCUCCAUGGACUCGUUCUGUCUGUGGACGUGCUGCUACAGUUAACAAUGCCGAAGCCGUCCCUCGAAGAAAAGAAGCUUGGUUUCAGCGACUUCCUCAGCCAUUAGCUGAGUAUAGACGUCAAGAGUUGGACUUUAUGAAAUACAACUUCACCGAUCCACGAUAUCAUGCAUGUGUGGCGACUUUCACUGGCAAGGGUGCAGCUCAAUCAACUCCCUUACGGUUUGCACUCCAUCGACGAUUUUCGGGUUGGCAUUCUCCUUUGAAGAUGGAUCCAGAGGAGCAUAUCAAUUAUUUUGCCUAUCCUACACCUCUCACAAAAGAGGAGGUUCACGAGGCUUUACAAAUCCCCGCACCAUUUGGGGAAAUUCAAUUGCUAUCUCCACCGCCUCUUCGUAUGGUCACUCAAACUACAUUUGCACAAACUCCUCCUCCUACGUUCCCCUCAACUGAAGUCACGCCCAUGAACUUAUCUGACGAGGAGGAAUCGCAUCGAAACGGAUUUAGCCAUGUGAUCUCCCGUAUCAAGGCAGUGCUGAACCCCAAAGUUGAGAAGAAUCGAAUCCGAAUCCGAGUUUUGUCGACGCCUAAACCUUCCUCUAUUUCCAAGGCCACAUCCGCGGCAAGAUUAUCAUUGAGUCCGACUAAGGCUGAAUUGGCACCCACUACUCAUCAAAUGGCGUGCUACUAUAAUGCUAUUGAAGCUCCUCAAUAGGUCUCUUUGAAGUGAUUCGUUGGUCUGCAUUCCAAUCAUUGGGUCGUGGGGUUAUGUUAGGCAACGUAGAAGCGAUACCGGCGUUUGGUAGUGUAAAGAGUUCUGGUGGAUUGUUUUUUGCACUUUUUUUGAAAACCCGUUGUAUAUUUCCAUCGUUUCAUACUCAAUCAUUUCAACCACUUUUCAUUUCCAUUCUAUUUUUCAGCUUUUUCUUCCGAUUUCAAUUAGUUUAGGACACUAAGUUAUCAUUUUCUUAACCUUCUUUUUUCAUGAUUUGUGUCUCCUUUAAUGGAUUAGUUCAUACCUUUUUUUGUAUCUUAGUCAAAGUCCAUAUGCUGAUACAUAAAAAACUUAUUACAAAACUAUCAAAUCGAUGUGCGUCUCCUUUACGCUGAGAUUAGACUUGAUCUUCAACUUUUUGAAUGGCCAUCAAAUGCUUCAAUUCUGACUGAUCGCAAUGUCACACUAU